AUGCCGUCGCAAGGCAUCGAUAUUCGGAAGCGUCAGCACGGUUUUCUCAACCAAGACAUGGCUACCAGAACCCCGGUUCGGCACAGUUCUGAUAGACCACUACAGCCUCUCGACAACCUCGAAAAGCAGGAGAUGGACCUCAAUCAUCGAGUCCAGAUGCUGGAAGAAGCAAAGUUGGAGUUGAUCGCCAGCGUCGAGCAUUGGAUGAAUGUGGCCGCGAAGAACUCUGAGAGGAUACAUAAACAACAAUUGAUCAUCAAGCACCUCGAGAAGAAGAUUGCACGGGUGAAGAGCGCCGAUAGGAUAAGGGAGGAGAUCCUGACUCUCAAGAAGAAGCGUGUCGAAGACGAGAGCGUACUUCGUGAGCGCGAGAGAGAACUGCAUAUGGUCGAAGAAGAAGCUCAGAAGGACCAACGAUACGGCGUUUUGCAAGCUCCAUCGCUCAGCCUCACUUUAGUGAAGUUUGAAAUCAUCAAAUUCACUUUCAUCAAGUCGGGUGCUCUCACUUCAUCUCCAUCUCCUCUCCCAUCUACUCCAGUAUUGAAUAUUCUCAUUGUCUUCCACAACAAGCACAAUAGCUCAAUAGCACAUCUACACCACUAUCAACCGCAAUACAACGCAAUCAUGUACUACACUGCAGAAGAACUUGCAACCGAGCCCGUCCCCGUCCCAGAUUCUCCCACUUGGUCAUCCGAAAAAGCCUACUACGAUGAACGUGCUCUUCUUCUCGAGCGCCUCGCCGAGACCCUGCACCCCCUGACGGACGACACUACCUCCAACAGCGAUGGCGACUCAAUCUCUUCCUCAGUCUCAGUCUCAGACUCGGAUUCAGACUCGGAUUCAGACAGCGACACCCUCACAGUCAUCGCCUCAACCUGUGACAGAAUACCUUCCCGCGCCUCCACAUUCUUCACUUCCGCCUUUGCAUCAACCUCUUUCAUCUCCGUCCUCAGCUCAAGCCCGCGCACAUCUCUCACUUUCCGCUCACCACAAACCGGCACUUUCAGCUUCCAAAACAGUCCCAGAAAGACGGACUCAGUCAUGGGAAGCCCAAGCAGAUUCCCGAAGCCCAUCAAGUUUUCCAGUCCUAGUAUCUUCAAGCGCAAGAACAAAAAGGCCAAGAUUGUUGAGGAGGAAGAGGGUGUGAAGGUCAAGGAAGGAGAUAUCUUCCAGUACUUCAAGACUGCUACCGUGGAUGAGAAGGAAUGUGGUGAGAAGAGAUUGAGCGGCAAUUCGAGUGUUGGCUCCAGCAAGAGGUCGAGUACCACUUCCAAGAACAGUCUCAACAGCAGCUCCACCACUGUCGACAUCAGCGGCACCGAACACUCUCAAAUCGUCUACGCCAGCAACAACCAUCCUUCCCUCCCCAACUCCAUGACCAGUCCUAAGAUCAAGAUAUCAGCCUCUCCCCUCCCUGAAUUAGCCACCCAAUCCAACAUGGACCUGGAAGCAAAGCAGUACGUCAUUGAACGUCUCGGUCGCUCUACCGUUGGAGAGCCUCAGUCCAUCUCGCAUCAGUACAACUUCGUCAUGGCCCAGCUUGAGAAGACCAAGCACCUGGCCCUCGAAGCCGAGGGAAGUUCUGAUGAUGAGGACGAGGAGAUGGUGGUCAAGUCUGCAGAUGACCUUUUGAUGAAGUGGUGA